CAACAUUUUGCAAGUAUUUUUGCUGGUUGUUUCUUGAAGAUUGUUCCAUGUCAAUGUACUUUUUCAUGCAACUUUUGAAGAAAAUGUUUGCAGAGACUGUUUAUUUUUGUCUGUGUGUCGUGGUCUCUAACGGCGUGUUUGGUGUUGAUGCAGAUGAAGUGAAGUCAGUGUCAGUGAUGGAGGGAGAUUCUGUCACACUUCACACGGAUCUUACUCACAUUCAGAGAUAUGAUAAGAUAGAGUGGAUAGAUGAAUCUCAAAGGGCUCUUAUGGCUCAAAUCUUUACACAAGCCAUAUCUAUAUGUGAUGGUUAUGAUGAGAGAUUCAAAGUCAAACUAAAGCUGGAAAAUCAGACCGGAUCUCUCACCAUCACAAACAUCAGCAUCAUUCAGUCUGGGCUUUAUAAACUUAAGAUCUGUAACAAUAAAACUUCAUACAGGAGGUUCAACGUUACUGUCUAUGCUCGUCUGCCCGUUCCUUUCAUCACAAGUGACUUUCUAAACUGUUCAUCUGCAGAACAAUCUUCAAACUGUUCUUUUCUGUGUUCAGUGACGAAUGUGACACAUGUGAGUCUCUCCUGGUAUAAAGGAAACAGUUUAUUGUCCAGCAUGAGUGUGUCUGAUCUCAACAUCAGACUCUCUCUACCUCUGGAGGUGGAAUCUCAGGAUACAAACACAUACAGAUGUGUGGUCAACAAUCCCAUCACAAACCAAACACAACAUCUAACCAACGUCUGUAAGUGUUCAGAACACCAAAUUGCAACGAUAGUCGCUGCUGUUGUGGUCACUACUUUGUGUCUGCUGGGGAUCAUAGGUGUCAUUCACCACCGCAAAAGAUUGCUCGGCUACAAUCUCACCAUUCAGAAAAAACUGCCGACACAAGCCAUCAUUGUCAACUGGAGAUGA